AUGGCCACUUCCGCCGCAGCAGGGUUGCUCAGCCGCCAAUUGAAGCAGAUGCAAACGGAUAAGGAUAUCCCGGGGAUUAGUUGUGGUUUGGCAAACGAUAACAUAUUUGAAUGGGAGGUUAUGCUCAUGAUCUCAGAUGAGUGUAAAUUUUAUGGUGGUGGCUUUUUCUGCGCUCGACUAUCUUUUCCCCCCGAGUAUCCCCAUAUGCCGCCCACGAUGAAAUUUGAAACACCAAUAUUUCACCCCAAUAUCUAUGCCACCGGUGAAGUCUGUAUAUCUAUUCUUCACCCUCCAGAAGACGACAGAUACGGUUACGAGUCUGCUGCCGAGCGCUGGUCGCCAGUACAGACACCUGAGACUAUCCUCCUAAGCGUAAUCAGCAUGCUCUCCAGUCCCAACGAUGAGAGUCCGGCAAAUGUAGAAGCUGCAAGGCUUUGGCGUGAGGAUCCGAAAGAAUUCAAGAAGAGGGUAAGGCAAUGCGUGAGACAGAGCCUGGGGGAGGACUGA